AUGCUACAAAGGGAGGUUCUUUUGGGAAUCACCGGAAAGGACUUCGUCAUUGUGGCUGCCUCCAAGGCCAUUAUGCGAGGCCCAACAAUCAUCAAGGCUCAGGACGACAAGACGCGGCAGCUCAAUCGACACACCAUGAUGGCUUUCAGCGGAGAGGCCGGUGACACCGUCCAAUUUGCCGAAUUCAUUCAAGCCAACGUUCAGCUUUACUCGAUGCGCAACGAUUCAGAGCUCAGCCCAUCCGCCGUGGCCAACUUUGUGCGGGGAGAGCUGGCUUCCAGCUUGCGGUCGAGAAGUCCUUACACAGUCAAUCUACUCCUUGGGGGCAUGGAUCCUCACACUCAGCAACCUCACCUUUACUGGAUCGACUAUCUGGCGUCCUUGGCUCGCGUACCAUACGCCGCCCAUGGGUACUAUUGCCUGUCGCUUUUGGACAAGCACCACAAUCCCGAAAUCGAUCUUGCUCAGGGCAUGAAGCUCUUGGAGAUGUGCACAGAUGAGCUUAAGCGACGGUUGCCGAUCGAUUACAAGGGUGUCCUCGUCAAGAUCAUCACGAAAGACGGUGUGAAGGAGGCUGAUUUCGAUAAUGACAAGAUCGUUCGGAGUGCGUGA